CAGUGUGGAUGAGGCCCGGAGAAACUCCUGUAUAACUUUACAUCCUAUUGUAUCACCUUCGGCACUGGAAGUUUGAUUCUCAUGUUUUCCAGUUGACUUUUUUCAAGCCCAGUCCUUGUUAAUUUUUUCUGUACCUGCUGUAGAAGUUCGAGCAUUUUGUUCAAUUCCACGUGUUCUGCAAAAAGAGGGGGUUAUCGUCUUGGUAAAAAAUUACCCAAAGGAAUCGCAGAUGCUGGGAAUCAAAAACACAAAGAGAAAUUGCUGAAAAAAUUCAGCGGGUCUGGCAGCAUCUGUGAAAAGAAAGCAGAGUUUUCUUUCAGCUCCUCUGAACUCGAGAAACCGCCAAAGCCCAAAAAGAGUGUGUUUAAACGCCUCAGCUGCCUGUUUUCAAGGAGUGGUGUUAAAGUACACAGCGCUCCAACUAAAAGCUCUGAGCAGUGAGCAACCCUUCAGAAUGAGGAUUCGGACGACAGCAUUACCGCAGCCAGCAUUUUAUCCGAUUCCAGCCACUUGGAAAUGGAAGAGCCGAGCACUUCGCAAAAAGCGUCAGAAAAGUCAUUAAAAUCCGUGGAUACUGCCUCCUCUGGAGGUUUAUCCAACAGUGGUGCACCAGCAAAAACAAAUUACGACAUAGCCAAGUCUCGUAGGCGUGCGGGUUUGGGCAGCUGCUGGUGUGCAACACGUCAGAGGGACAACCGCCAGAAUGAGAAAAGCUGCCUCAUCCGAGUCAGAUUAAAGGAGGACAGAGCACAAGAAUUCAAAACGAUUUUGGUGACUAAUCAAGAUCGGGUUUCCGAAAUCUUCCACAAAGCCAUGACCGUGCUCAAAUUUGAACCCGAGCGUCCUCAGGACUUUGAUCUCGCACAGAUCAUUGAAUCAAAUAAAGUGCUCAUACUUCCGGCCCAUGCCAUCCUGUAUUACGCAAUGAACAAGGAAGUGAGUCACGACUUCAUCCUGAGAUUCACCGAAAGAAGAUCUUCAUGUCUAUGCAAGUUUUAGCUGCAAUGUUCGAACCUCCUUCCCGAUGUGAAUAAGUGAGCUCUGGUGAGGAAGGGCUUUAGAGAGCUCACUGCCCUGAUUUUUGAGAGGUUGUAUGUAUUUUAUUUCCUUCUCCUCCUGCAAAUCGCUUGGUGCUCGAUAUAGGAUUCACUAAUUCGACAUUUACACAUAACCACUUUAAAACUAAAAUGGUUCAACAUCGAGGCUUUGCCAACAAUACCAGCCACAGAUAAAAGAGGAAAUCAUCUGAGUUCUUUGUCUAAGUUUCGUUUCUAAAAAUAGU